GAGCGCCAAGUCGGCGCCGGGCAGCCCGGCUCGGGCCGGAGCGCGGCCCCGGGGCCCCCGAGGGCCGGGGAAGGCCGCCUCCCGAGCGAGGAGCCCCCGCCGACGCCAUACCAGCAGCCAAAAUGGCUGCCCCGAGGAAGCCCGCACGGCGCAGCUAGGGAGGGCAGGGGAGCCGGGCCCCGCGGGAAAGGCGAGGGGACCGCCGGGACCGCCGGGCUCCGCGCCGCUCAGAGUCAUUUGUCUGCUGCUUGUAGCUUUCAAGAGAGGCAGAGCCCCUCUGUUCACAACCAUCCCCACUGCCAAUAUCUGGGACACAGUGGAUCCUUCAUAAAUAUUUGGUUCCAGUGACAACCAUCUCUUGUCAUAACUUUUCAAUCCUAUCUGGAAAAACACUGGCAAAAAAAAUGAUAAAAUUUUUUCUAAUGGUGAAUAAACAAGGGCAGACCCGACUUUCUAAGUACUAUGAACAUGUGGAGAUUAAUAAGCGGACCCUUCUGGAAACAGAGGUCAUCAAGAGCUGUCUGUCACGAUCCAGUGAACAGUGCUCUUUCGUUGAAUAUAAAGAUUUUAAGCUGAUCUAUCGGCAGUAUGCAGCGCUCUUCAUUGUGGUUGGAGUGAAUGACACUGAGAAUGAGAUGGCUAUUUACGAAUUCAUCCACAAUUUUGUAGAAGUUUUAGAUGAAUAUUUCAGCCGAGUGAGUGAACUCGAUAUAAUGUUUAAUCUGGAUAAAGUCCACAUCAUUUUGGAUGAGAUGGUGUUAAAUGGCUGCAUUGUAGAAACCAAUCGGGCAAGAAUUCUUGCCCCUCUACUAAUCCUUGAUAAGAUGUCAGAAAGCUGAAUGGAAGGGUGUGCCAGACUGCAUUGGAUUUCUAGGAAACGUGACCACCGUGGACCCCACUUCAAACAGUAUACCUAUUGUUUCCCACAGUUCCUAAAUGGAAAACAAACAGGUUUUAUAUUCUCAUUGCAAGCGUAUUUUGCCCUCACCUAAGUUUUGUUGCAAAUCUAAGGCAUCUUUUUGGUCACUGCUUCUUUUUGUAAAUUAAAUGCAGGAAUAACAUGAUAGUGAUGGGAAGAAUGUAUGGCAGUUAUCAGACAAAAAAAUUUAAGUUUACUAAAAUAUACACGGUACUUUAAGUAA